AAGACAAUAUUCGAAGCAGGUAGCGUUAGUGAGAUCGCACAGGGGGAAAAUGCAAUCCAGAUUUGCCGUCACCGCCGCCAAAUUCAACCACGCUCUGUUUCCGGCGAGGAGGAUACGCAGCUGCGCCUCCACUUCCGGCAGAACUGCUGAUCCAGCUGAGCACGCCGUCGACGAAGAAGAUGUGUAUCCCACCGAUGCGAUGCAAGACGAGAAGCGGCGGCGGCCGCCGAAGCACGAGCCGACAAGCAAAGACAACGAAACGUACUCUCCUCCGAAAUCCCCAACUGAAACGGCGGCAAAGCUAGAGUCCAGCGGCGUGGGGCCGAGGACCGAUCCAAUCGGCCAGCAGAAACGACGGAGCUGCGCGGGGAUCGGCAGCAGCCCGUGGCCGGCAAAGGAGGAUGAAGUCGACCGGAGAGCGCAGGGGGAAGAGCAGGAGAGAGACAACAAGGAGUAUUUCGAGCACCACAAGGCGUCUCCGCUGUCGGAGAUUGAGGUAUGUGAUACGAGGAAGCCAGUGAGCCAAGCGACGGAUGGGACGGCGCAGAGCGAGACUGUCGGGGGGUGGAGGCCGGAGCAGCUGGACACGGCAGAGGAUUCGCUGCGGCGGGCGGUGGAGAUAUUCCGGAUGAAUGCGAUGAGAGGGGAUCCCAACUCUCCGCACGGCAGAGUUCUCCGCCAGCUUCGUGGGGAGGAUUGGUAGCCUUAAAUUGAUGUUGUUUGCCACUUAAUGUGUGAAUAUGUAUGAGAUUGUAAAUUAAUAAAAAGAGAAAUCGAGUUUUAACUUUUA